GUACACUAUGUCUCUCCAAAGGAAACCAAGAAAGAUGGAUCAUACAUUUGAAGGUGUGCAUUAUGGCAUUGCAAGCCAAAUGGGUUUCAUUUGGCAGCAAGCCAGGGCACCCUUGAUUGUUCCAGUGCUGAAAUUGCUAGUAAUUUUGUGCCUAGCCAUGUCACUUAUGUUAUUUGUUGAGAAAGUUUAUAUGGGAAUAGUCAUACUCUUUGUGAAGGUGUUCAGGAACAAGCCAGAGAAGCAUUACAAAUGGGAACCACUCAGGGAUGACAUUGAGCUUGGAAACUCUGCAUACCCCAUGGUUCUGGUGCAAAUCCCAAUGUACAAUGAGAAAGAGGUGUAUCAAUUAUCAAUUGGUGCUGCAUGUGGGUUAUCAUGGCCAUCUGAUAGAAUUAUUAUUCAAGUUCUUGAUGAUUCAACAGACCCAAUCAUUAAGAAUAUGGUGGAGGUGGAAUGUCAGAGAUGGGCCAGCAAAGGCCUAAACAUAAAGUAUGAGAUCAGGGAGAACAGAAAUGGGUACAAAGCUGGGGCUCUCAAAGCAGGCAUGAAGCACAGCUAUGUCAAACUAUGUGACUAUGUGGCCAUCUUUGAUGCUGAUUUCCAACCUGAGCCUAACUUCCUUUGGCGUACUAUCCCUUUCCUCGCUCACAACCCACAAGUUGGGCUUGUCCAAGCUCGAUGGAAAUUCGUUAAUGCUGAUGAAUGCUUAAUGACAAGAAUGCAAGAGAUGUCACUGGACUAUCAUUUCCUGGUGGAGCAGGAAGUUGGAUCCUGCACCUAUGCCUUCUUUGGUUUCAAUGGCACAGCUGGUGUUUGGAGAAUUUCAGCACUAAAUGAAGCUGGUGGAUGGAAAGACCGUACAACAGUUGAAGACAUGGACCUGGCUGUCCGAGCUGGUCUCAAAGGAUGGAAAUUUGUGUAUCUUAGUGACCUCAAGGUGAAAAAUGAAUUACCAAGCACCUUCAAAGCCUACCGCUAUCAGCAGCACCGGUGGUCAUGUGGCCCGGCUAAUCUUUUCAAGAAAGUGGCGAUGGAAAUCAUAAGGAACAAGAAAGUCUCCAUGUUGAAGAAAUUCUAUGUGAUUUACAGUUUUUUCUUUGUCCGGAAGAUCAUAGCCCAUGUGGUCACAUUUGUAUUCUACUGUGUCAUUUUACCAGCAACUGUUCUAGUUCCAGAAGUGGAAGUUCCCAAAUGGGGUUCUGUCUAUAUCCCUUCUAUCAUUACACUCCUUAAUGCUGUUGGAACUCCAAGGUCACUCCACUUGUUGAUAUUCUGGAUACCAUUUGAAAACGUUAUGUCAAUGCAUAGAACCAAGGCAACACUAAUAGGUUUGCUAGAAGCAGGGAGAGUAAAUGAAUGGGUAGUUACUGAGAAAUUAGGAGAUGCUCUCAAAACAAAAUCAGGUGGCAAAUCAGCUAAGAAGCCUCGAAUCAAGAUUGGCGAAAGGCUUCAUUUCCUGGAACUUGGAGUCGGGACCUACCUAUUUUUCUGUGGAUACUAUGACCUUGUCUUUGGGAGCAACCACUACUUCAUAUACCUUUUCCUGCAAUCUAUAGCCUUCUUCAUUGCAGGGGUUGGCUAUGUUGGCGUUUUUGUUCCUAGCUCCUAAAGGAACUCCUGCAUCAGAAUAAUACCGAAUAUCCGUGAUUUGGCCUCACAUUCACUCUACUAAGGAACAAAAAUGCAGUUUCUUUAGCUGGUGUUCAUUUUGUUGUAGACUGUAGUACUAUACAUUAUUUUGGAACAAUUGUUUGUAAUACUUGUAUUGAUUGUUUUUUCAUGGAAGUUUAGGCACAGAAGACAGAUAAAUGAAACAACAAAAGUUUAUUUAUUACUGGAAAAAAUGAUAAGUAAGUUGGAAAAUUGGAAUAAGCAAGUUGAAACAGCUUCUGCUA